GCAUUCAAUUGAGGAAAAAUGGCGGAAGAAUUCACAGAAGAUAUAGGAGUGGUGAACAAGAGGUUGCUCGAACCAGUGCCCUUUGUAAGGACGAACAACUGCAUCAAGGAUGUAGAUUCCGAGUUGUUCAUUAAGGCAUAUGCUAGUUACUUAAAACUGCACAACAAAAUAACCUUCCCCAAAUGGUGUAACUUUGUGAAAACAGGAAAGGGAAGAAAGUUGGCCCCCCUAAAUGAGGACUGGUAUUUUGUAAAGGCAUCGAGCAUCUUAAGAAAAUUGUACCUUAGUCCAGACAUUGGAGUUGGCUACCUGAGAAGGCACUACAGUUACAAGCAAAGAAGAGGUGUUGCCCCCAACCACACCAGUUUGGCUAGCGGAAAGAUCCUAAGGUCAAUUUUGCAGCAGCUAGAGAAUCUCGGUUAUGUAGAACAGAACCCAAAGAAAAAGGGAAGAAGACUCACCACCAAGGGGGAGAAUGCCAUUAACAACUUUGCCAGGUACAUCAACAAGAAGGUGUAUAAAUUGGAGAAGGAGUGA